AUCCAGAUCCAUCGAGCCAUCGAGUCAUCUACAACCACCAAAAUCAAAUCCACCAACCCCAUCUCGCCCUCUCACUUCUCGAUCUCACGCUAGCAGAGGAGGGAGAAGGAAAGUAGAGAACCAUGCAGUCCCGCUUCAAAGCCAUUGCCACGAUUGGUAGACUCUUCUCCACCACCACCGCCCCCGCCACCGCCACCGAAUUCCCCAAGACCCUUGAGGGUCUCCGGGCCCGCCUCGCGCUCGAAUCCCCGACCCUCUCCGACUUCGCCUACUCCGUUGAGGUUGGCACCAAGAAGAAACCCCUCCCCAAGCCCAAGUGGAUGAAGGAGUCCGUCCCCGGCGGUCAAAAGUAUGUCCAGAUUAAGAAGAAGCUCCGCGAGCUCAACCUCCACACUGUCUGCGAGGAGGCCCGCUGCCCCAAUCUCGGCGAGUGCUGGUCCGGCGGCGAAACUGGCACCGCCACUGCCACCAUCAUGAUCCUCGGCGAUACCUGCACUCGCGGUUGCCGGUUUUGCAACGUGAAGACGUCGCGUACGCCUCCACCUCCUGACCCGGAUGAACCGGGCAAUGUGGCCGAGGCGAUUGCGUCGUGGGGUUUGGAUUAUGUGGUUAUCACGAGUGUGGACCGGGACGAUUUGCCCGACCAAGGUAGUGGGCAUUUUUCUGAGACGGUGCAAAAGUUGAAGGCGCUGAAGCCGAGUAUGUUGAUAGAGGCUUUGGUUCCUGAUUUUCGAGGAGAUCCUGGCUGUGUAGAGAAGGUUGCAAAAUCAGGGCUAGAUGUCUUUGCUCAUAACAUUGAGACAGUUGAAGAGCUUCAGAGUUCUGUGAGGGAUCAUCGUGCUAACUUCAAACAAUCUUUGGAUGUCUUAGUGUCGGCCAAGUACAGCGCUCCUGCUGGGACACUUACCAAGACCUCGAUAAUGUUAGGCUGUGGAGAGACACCCGAUCAGGUUGUGAGAACUAUGGAGAAGGUGAGAGCAGCAGGUGUUGAUGUGAUGACAUUUGGUCAAUAUAUGAGACCGUCAAAGCGACAUAUGCCAGUGUCUGAAUACAUUACGCCUGAGGCUUUUGAGAAGUAUCAAACUCUUGGCAUGGAGAUGGGGUUUCGAUAUGUUGCAUCUGGUCCGAUGGUCAGAUCUUCGUACAAAGCAGGUGAAUUCUACAUCAAAUCUAUGAUUGAAUCCGAUCGUGCUGCUGCUUCACAGCCUGUUUCAUGUUGAGUGUUUUUUCCUCCAUUACAUUGAAUAUCAUAAAUUCGUCACUUCCGGUGUAUCAUUCAAGUGAUGAUUUACCUGGUUGAAGCUCAAUCUGCUUAGUACUCAUAAAGUGGAAUAUACGGGAAUAAAUUAGACGAGAAGGCUUCUCUCUUGGGUGCCAAA